GUUAGAGGUGAGUCGGGAGGAAGUAGAGAGGAGACAUUGUUGGAAAUGGCAGCAGAGGAGAGAGGAGUGUCCUCUUUAGGUUACAUGGCCUACCCAACAAGCAUGGACGGAGACCAAAGCCAAGUGGCUGAGAGGGUAUUGAACCUCACCCUGGAGAUCAUCUACCUGCUGAAUGAAGAGGUAUCCAUCACAGCAGCUCCACUUCGCUCCUUGACAGCCAAUAGAAAAGAGAAUAUUCUAAAUGCCACUAAAGUUAUAAUUCAGUUGCUGACCGGAGAGGUGAGUUGCGCUCCUAUAAGGUGUGAGGAUGUCUCUUUCUCCAUGGAGGAUCGGCUGCCCCUCAAAUCACCGGAUGGAUCCAGUAAAAGAAAACCAAAAAGACGUCCCCGUCCUGUGUUGUCCCGGGAUUCCACACAGGAAGGUCGCACCAUCCCUCACCAUGAUCCGGGUGAAGAAGUGAAAGACAUCAGGAUCAAGAUUGAAGAUGACGAAGAAGAAGAGAGGUUGGUGAGUGGAGAUCAGCAGUCUAUGGAGGAGGAGGACGUGAUGAUUAUGGAAAGUAAACAGGACUCUUCUCUGCUUAUAGACACAAGUGGAUGCUAUUCCUGGAACAUCUCUGAGGGACAUCUCAUACCAUCUCCAAAGACUCCCAAGGAACCUUCUGUAGUCCACGAAGGAGCUCCCACCGUGGGAGACCGUUCUUUGUCAUUUUCGGCUCGCAUGAAACCCGUCCGUAAAAGAAAAAACCUUCCAGGUGGCAGGUCUUAUUCAUGCACGGAGUGCGGGGAAGGUUUCGAGGAAAAAGGAGACCUUUAUAUCCACCAGAGAGUCCACACGAGCGAGCGCCCUUUCGCGUGUUUAGAUUGCGGGAGAUGCUUCGCGAUUAAAUACCACUUAGUCAGCCACCAGAGGGUUCACACGGGGGAGCGCCCUUUUUCCUGCCCGGAUUGCGGGAGGUGUUUCUCGCAGAGGUCAAACCUUCGUAGACACCAGAGAAGUCACUCCCACGUGCGUCCUUAUAUAUGUUUGGAGUGCGGGGAAAGUUUUACUGAGAAUAGAAGCCUUCUCAAACAUCAAAUACAACACCAACCGUUUCCAUGUUUACAGUGCGGGAAACUUUUCACGCAGAUAAAAGAGCUUCUUGAACAUCAGGAAGUUCACGCGGAUGAGCCUACCUUGUAGUGUUCAGAGUGCGGGCAAUGUUAGAAAAUAAUCCUUUUCCCACACCAGAAAAAUUAACACAGGUGACCAACCCCCCCCCCCCCUUUUUUUUUCAUGGUUUUGAGGGUGGAAACGUUUCAGUCAUCAGUAAAGACAUCUUAUACGCCUGAGAUGCCACACGGAUCAGCAACCUUAUUCAUGUCCAGUGUGCGGGAAUUUUUUUUAUUUUUUUUUUACAAAAGUAAGCUUCUAACAGACCAGAUAUUUCAGAGAGAUGAGCAUCCCUAUUCUUGGUCACAGUGGCUCCUCCAGAUUUUGCUAGUGGUUUUCUUGAGGGUUCUUCCAGAGGUUGCUAGGGGUUCCUUGAGGGUUCUUCCAGAGGUUGCUAGGGGUUCCUUGAGGGUUCUUCCAGAG